CACACGGUGUUUUCAAACAGUCGACACGCUCCUCUCCUCGAGGCUACAGCUCUCCGUUUACCCCUACGAGCAGAGCAGCAACUCCACGAGACAGAGAAGAAGAAGCGAGAGACAGAGCGAGGGAAGAAGAGCUGGAGGUGGAAAAUGCGGACCAGCUGCGGCACCAUGGAUGGCAACGAGCUUAGAUGAGACAGGCUAUAUCUCGGUGGGAUAUAAUGACCCGGUGACUGCUGGGCUCGCGGUGCGCGGCUUUUUCAUGGUGGACUGCUCCGUCGUUCGUUGUUGCUGUUUAUCGCCUGUGAGAUGGCUGCUUUUUUCCCUUUUCGACGGACCGUUGUGAUAUAGUGCGAUUAUGGUGUUCGCGGUUGACCGCUCGAGAGUUCACUUUCAUCGGGAAGCUCAAACGUCGACCUGACACUUGUUUGUUUUCGAGAUGUUUACUCGAGCUCGCAUUUCUCACGAACCUCACGCACUUGAACCCACCCAAUUCAAAAGAUAUAGAAUGACGGCCAAGUAGAUUGCGUGUCCGAUAAAUUUUGUGUCUAUCAUAGCUUUCGGAAGGCAUACACGAAACUACAGCCAUUAACAAGCAGCCGAUAAGAUAAUCGGAUUCUAUUUGUCGCUCGCAUUGAAGCACGAGACCAAGUGUUUUUUCUCGAGCACGAAAAAAGUUGCGAAAAUAAUAAACAAAGAAGAAAAGAGAAGAGCAUCAACGGCGGGUAUAAGCUGUCAUGGGUCGCAAGUACAAGCCACGCUCGAUACCCGAACAGGAUCGCAAGCUAUGCGGCAGCAUAUGCGUCUGCCAGUUCACCAUUGUGAUCAGCUGUGUGGCCUUGGUGUAUCUAAGCGUCGCCAUCUACAUGCCCUCCCACAGAGCCUUUAACGCGGGGAUCGAUCCAGACCCGGUGAUGUGCCAAACGGUCAACGCGACCCUGGUGAACCAGUGCACCUGGGCAAGUUGCGGCGAAUGGUGCCUGACCAAGACAACGGGCUUUUGUCCCCAAAUAUACUCGUCUGUCAGACGCAACGGCUCCGAUCUCGUGUUCGAAAACUGCACAAGGAUUGGCAGCGUCGCUUGUCCGAUGGUAAACGUCGCGGCGGUGAAGCGCUACAACUGCAACAAUGGCAGCGAGUGCGGAAUGCUGACGGGGGUGUUCGAGUGCAAGCUCGGUCACUGCUCGAAUCUGAGCGAGGUGAUGCAGUGCCACGACCAUCCGGACGGCGUAGUGGUCGACGCCGAGAAGGACAACAUGAAGCUCAACGGCAACUUCCGCUGCGUCAACUCGCGCUGCACCAGGAUCAAGCAUCACUUCAGCUGCGACAGAUACUGUCCGAAAAUGAGCACCACCGGGGCCAAUGUGUUCCUCAUGCAGGGAGACAACGUCCUCACGGCUGCUUGCUCAAGGGCGCUGGCGCUCAAUAAGGCCAACGGGAACAAACCUGGCGAGAGACUGAGUAAACCGGUCGAGGUGUGGAAGAAGGGAGACGACGCCAUCAUCGCCAGCUGCUUCGCGGUUAACAAGGUUGCGGAUAGAAUAAGAGCGGAGGACUGCGUUAACGGCACGCUGCUAUCGGCGAGUCUUAUCCCUCAGCCUUACGUCAACUUCACGACGUUCCUGGGCCUGUACGGCGUGAGUCUCCAGCGCAAGGUCGACCCGAACGAUACAUACGUGCCGUCCCAGCGCUCGCUCACCAUCUACAACAACUCACGGCUCUACAUCAACCUCGAGGGCUGCGUAAACACGCUGCGCGGCGAGUGCCGUGAUUUUCUGGUUAGUCACGGAGCCGACGGCGAUAAUCAGACCGCGCAGAGUCGCUAUCCUUGCUUUUACAACAAGAACGACUCGUUCUUCGUGGUGGCCCGGUUCGACCUGAACAAAACCCGCACAGACCUGCUGAUCGCGGUGAUCGUGCCGUCCUGCCUGUUCGUCGUAAGCCUGACGACGCUGGUGGUGAUAACGCGCUCGGUGCAGGUGGGCGACGACGCGAAGAUGCGCUGCCGCUACUGCAUCGACAAGCAGUCGAACGAGAGCGAGGGUGAAGGUCUCGUGGAAAACUCGGCCAUGUCGACGACGCCGCCGCAAGCGAGAGUCCUCACCGCCGACAGCGAAGUGCGCAGCAUGGCGCUAUAGCAAUUCAAGCCGAGCUUAGGCGGCAAUGCCGUGAGGACUCAGUACGAGAGAUUACCCCUCAUCGAUACCGACGACGCUGAGGACUCGUUCUGAUAGGUCGAGACGCUGAUGAGGCGAUGGUAAAGUCCCUUCCACCAGACAGAAAAUCAUCGGGAGGUCGGAAUUUUCGAAAUUCAAAAGCUUGGAGAGGGUUAUUGUCCCGAAAAAUUACGCUUCAUGGAUUUAUCCGAAACUCCCAGUCCCUCACUGAACAGGCGUCGCGCUUUCAAAGCUUACGCGCUUCGUGUAUUGUCGCUUAAUGCAUCGGCGAAAUUGUUAUAAACCUUUGUUGCGUUAGACAGUAUGAUUAUUAUUGAGGUUCUGAGAAUAUUUUUGUAUGAUUUCAAUAAUAAAUUAUAGUAUUAUUGAAACCGUCAAAGUUUUAGGCAGAAUUUUAAAAUGUUUUUGAAAAUAUCAAAAUUAGCAAAUAAAGAGUAACUACCGUAAGUUGUCUUCCUUAUUUGUCACCGCGAAAGCGUGCCAUCAAAAAACCAAAUUUAUCAACUCGUAAGCGUCUUGAAGUAUGAGCUAGCAAUUCAUGACGCCGAUUGUUUCAUGUGCACUUCACUUAAACCCUUACUAUUAGGGCAGAAAAAGUCGAAAGCGUAAUUGUUAUAUACAUUUCCAUUUAAGCGUGGCCUUUAAUGAUGCUACGACCACUUGAUGUUUUACAGAAGUAAAGACCAUUAAUUAUUAGCGAUAUUAACACGAACUUUUAUACUUAGCCUUUUUUAUUGUAUGUACUUUGCGUAUUAAAACACUAGUUCAAAUGAUAAAAAUUCGAGAAAUGUGAAUACUAAUUCUAUCUUCUAUAAUUCAUAAAAUAUACCAAAACUAACGUUUUGUUCACCAAAAGUUUAUUCUAAAAAUUCGUACUGAAUACUUAUCUUGAAAGUUUAAUAAAAAUAUAUAGUCUACUCGAACAUUCUUUAAAACUAGUAAUUUUUUGAAUUUUACAAUGAUUCGCCUUCAAUUAUUGUGAAAAAUAUACGUAUAAAUUUUAUCUACAGCUAUUUAAAUAAUUCUGUGAUUGAACAAAGACUACAUUGAAAAAUAACACAAACGUCUUUAUAUUUUUUUCAUCGUGUAUGCCAUGUUUGCUGUGUCUAUACUAUGUAAACUGACUUGUGUACAACUAAAGUAUGAUCUGCAUUUUUGCAAUAUAAUAAAUAAUUGCACUUUGUAUUUUAACAAGUAAUAAUAAGCCAUUACCAGCAUAAUUAUAGCAUUCAUGUUGAUUCAGUCCAUCAUUUUACACUCUGACCAUUGAGCUUUAAGCAAAUAUAAUAAAGAAGGAAUUUAUUGUAAAUUGUACGGUAGCGAAAUGAUGACCAAAAGUACAUUUAAUAAGCCUAACGCAAUCAUCAUUUCAGUAAUUCGUAAGAAACAUAAUGGGAGAGCUUCUGAAAUAUUGUAAUACGAUGAUAAAGUAUGUCGCGAUAUUAUAUAAGAUAAAGAUAUGCUUAUAAAGAUAUUUUUUAAUUAAGAUAGUGGCGUCACUUUGGUCACUGUUACUUGGAAAUUAACCUUUUCUAUGAGAAAAGUUUAUAAACAUUAUUUAUAUAUAAUUUAAAAAAUGGCUGCAAGCGGCUUAUUUUAUCUUCGUUACUUCGGUUGAAAAUAGAUACACACGACAAAAUAAUGCGAAGAUUGUCACAUAGAAUUAUUAUCACCCAUCUGACAUAUUUAGAAAGUACUAAAUCAUCCACAAGCAUCAAAAUCGACAGAAUAAUGCGAUAAGGCAACAACGCGCAAAACAAAUGUAAGUAACAAUUCACCCAAGUACUAUGGAAAUUCUAAUGCAUCAACGACAAAGAAAAUGAUAAACUUUACGACCAUCUAUAAUUAUAUACAUACUGUAUACUCUAUGUGCCUUCUUCCUUUACGUUUACGCUAUAUUUUAAAUGACGAGCACCUAGAAAAUCACGAGUGAUUUUCACGCACGCCAUACGGGCAAAACGAACUAAAUUAACUUUAUAAUUAUAUACGAAAAUAUAGUAUAUUGUAUAUCUAUACGUCGUCGGUUAAAUGGCAGAGGUGUUUUUAUCAAGGUUGCGAAAUUUAUUAUUACGUUAUAUUGUAUUGUUAUGAGUCAAUAUCGAUCCUCGUGAGAAUAAUCGAUAUUUCUAUUUCACCAAUCGAUUACAAAUGAAUGCAUACUGUCACUGUUGUUAAAGAGCGACAUUUUUGUUCAUGACCAAGCAAAAGCUGUAUGUUUGUAUAAAAAA